AUGCCCUUGGCUUCCGCUUCCGGCGGGACCACGUGGUUCCUCGGCGGGAAAAUCAAAAUGUCCGUCUUGGCCGAUGGCGGGAACAUCCGCCGGAGGAGCAACCGGCUGCUGAGCCGGUGGAUGGGCGGCUGGCAACGCGCCGGCAUUUUCAGCGGUGUUGGCGGUUCCCUCAGCUGCGCCCUGAUGGUGGCGCUGGGAGUGCUGCUGGCCGCUGCGGUGCCGCCCGCCGAGGCAGCCGCGGCCGCCGUGACGGUGACCAAGUGGACGUCGCUGAGCACCGCGCAGGCGUCGGUGCAGAAGAACAUCGUGGACCUUCACAACCAGCUGCGUCGAGGCGUGAGCCCAGCAGCCAGCAACAUGCUGCAGAUGCCGCAGGUUUUGCCGACCCGUGAGAAUGGCAGUGUGGAUUUUAUUUUAUUGUCUCCCUUAAGUCAUUUUAUUGUCUCCCUUAAGUCAUGGAACGAGCAAGCUGCCAACAACAGCCUCAACUGGGCCAAAUCCUGUGCUUUGGGCCACAGCGCGUCCGCCAACCGCAAGACUCCGGUGUUUGGCUGCGGCGAAAACCUCUACAUCGGCAAUGCCCCCUUCACCUGGAAGUACGUCAUCGGUGAGUGGUACAACGAGGUGACCGCGCCGGGCUUCGUGUACGACAAGGCCGGCCAGGGCGCCGGCGUCGAGCACUACACGCAGCUGGUGUGGUACAGUUCCUUCCAGAUCGGAUGCUCCGUCAACUUCUGCGCCACUGCUAAGAAGUACUUCUACGUUUGCCACUACUGUCCAGCCGGGAACCUGAACACGCGUGUCUUCCGGCCGUACGACAAGGGGAGCGCCUGCACCUCCUGCCCCAAGAGCUGCGUCAACAAGCUGUGCGUCAACCCCUGCAUGUUCACCGACUACUACUCAACCUGCGCCCAGAUGAAGGCGACCUACGGCUGCAGCAACAGCACGAGCGGCAAGGUGAUCCAGAAGAACUGCCCUGCCUCGUGCUACUGCGACGGCAAGAUCCACUGAGCAACGAAGGGCGACUUGCGCGGGCGGUGGCGGCGGCGGUGGCGUUAAGAUCGUCGCAAUCGACGAUCGACGCAACGCCGAGCCCUUCACCGCAGCGCGAGAGUUUUUUGGGGGGGGGGGGUGGUGGUGGUCGCGUCAGUCGGCACGUGGUUUUUUGUUUUGUUUUGACGAACGUUAUAAGAAUAAUUGGUGAAUUUGCGAAUCUCAGCACGGUUCGGUUGGGGUCAAGGUUACAAGAAGGGCUGCCACCUUGUGUACUGCAGGCCAAAAAGACGUUUCUCAGUUAGCACCAGGACCUGUUGUUAGAACUGUCAGAAAGUUCAACACCAGAGUUUGCCAGAUCUCGGUACAGACAAUAAUCAUGAUGAUAAAACAUUUGUAAUGUAUUCAUGUUUUUUGGGUCUUUCGGUAAAGUCACGUAGACAGAUUUGUAAUGUACCCGUUGGCACGAUAAUUGUUAUUUCCAGAGUGUUUGCCUGGAUAAUUGAGUGUAUGGCUGGGUAGUGGAGUGUAU